AGGCUUCGCCUCCUCCCGCUCCCCGGCGCCCGCCCUCGCCGGGGUCUCUGCCUCCGUCUCGUUUUUUUAAGAGCUGCGUCACAUGCAUGCCGUUCCCGGGAGCGCUCCCUGCCCCUCGCCGCGCGGCGCACGCACGUCGCCGCUCGCGCCGCGCUCGCCCGGGUCACUUUGACACGGCUCUCCCCUCCCACUAGCAGGACAAUUAGCAUAUUAAUAAAGCCCGGCCCAGCCCGACUCUGGCCGGAGAGCCGGCGCCUGCGAGAGGGAGAGGACGCGCGAAGGGACGGGAGCGAGCGCGAGGGCGGCGGCGGGGAGGGCGGCGGGAGCGCACAGACACGCACACGCACACGCGCACACACGGACACACACUCCGGGGACGCACACCCGCGCGUACACACGCAGAGGCAGCUCGCCUUCCUGCCUGGCUUCCUUCCUGUCUGCUCCGCGCCUGACAGGCCCCUCGCUGCAGGCAGGGGCGGCCCGCACCGGGCAGAGGCCGGGCCGGGCCGGCGGCGCGGGCAUCGGGGGCCGCGGGCGGCGGCAGCGGCUCAUGCCCGGCCUGUCCCUGCGAGGGGCGGGCAUCGUGACUCGGCUGGGCCCCCAGCGGCGGGCGAUGUGAAGAUGUCAGUGGGCUGUGCCUGUCCUGGUUGUUCCUCAAAGUCAUUCAAGCUGUACUCGCCGAAGGAGCCUCCGAACGGCAACGCCUUCCCUCCCUUCCAUCCCGGCACCAUGCUGGAUCGGGAUGUGGGCCCAACCCCCAUGUACCCACCGACAUACCUGGAGCCUGGGAUAGGGAGGCACACGCCAUAUGGUAACCAAACCGACUAUAGAAUAUUUGAGCUUAACAAACGGCUACAGAACUGGACAGAGGAGUGUGACAAUCUCUGGUGGGAUGCCUUCACGACUGAGUUCUUUGAGGAUGACGCCAUGCUGACCAUCACUUUCUGCCUGGAGGAUGGACCAAAGAGAUAUACCAUUGGCCGGACCCUGAUUCCACGCUACUUCCGAAGCAUCUUUGAGGGGGGUGCUACGGAGCUGUAUUACGUGCUUAAGCAUCCUAAGGAGGCGUUCCACAGCAACUUCGUGUCCCUCGACUGUGACCAGGGCAGCAUGGUGACCCAGCACGGCAAACCCAUGUUUACCCAGGUGUGUGUGGAAGGCCGGUUGUACCUGGAGUUCAUGUUUGACGACAUGAUGCGGAUAAAGACGUGGCACUUCAGUAUCCGGCAGCACAGAGAGCUCAUCCCCAGAAGUAUCCUGGCCAUGCAUGCCCAGGACCCCCAGAUGCUGGAUCAGCUCUCCAAAAACAUUACCCGGUGUGGGCUGUCCAAUUCCACUCUCAACUACCUCCGACUCUGCGUGAUACUCGAGCCCAUGCAGGAACUCAUGUCCCGCCACAAGACCUACAGCCUCAGCCCCCGAGACUGCCUCAAGACCUGCCUCUUCCAGAAGUGGCAGCGAAUGGUAGCGCCUCCUGCGGAACCUGCACGACAGCAGCCCAGCAAACGGAGGAAACGGAAGAUGUCAGGGGGUAGCACCAUGAGCUCGGGGGGUGGCAACACCAACAACAGCAACAGCAAGAAGAAGAGCCCAGCCAGCACCUUCGCUCUCUCCAGCCAGGUACCUGAUGUGAUGGUGGUGGGGGAGCCCACCCUGAUGGGCGGGGAGUUCGGGGACGAGGACGAGAGGCUCAUCACUCGGCUGGAGAACACCCAGUUUGACGCGGCCAACGGCAUUGACGACGAGGACAGCUUUAACAACUCCCCUGCACUGGGCGCCAACAGCCCCUGGAACAGCAAGCCCCCAUCCAGCCAAGAAAGCAAAUCGGAGAAUCCCACGUCACAGGCUUCCCAGUAAAGGCCCUCCACGGCUGGCCACCCAGCGCUCUGCCUGCCUACCCCUCACAGCUCCAGGGAGCAGAAGAUGGAAUGAAGAGACUGGGCGUCUGAAAUGGGCAACCUCCAUCCACCCACUUCAGGGAGGGACUGGACUCGCUGGGGGCAGGUGCCAAGAUUUGCCCCCCAGUUGCCCUGGGCUGGGCCUGGCCCCUGCAGAGCCUUUUGGGGGAAGGGGGUACUCAUGUGGAUGCCUGUGUGGACCCUGGGCCUCUGAGAAUUGUCCCGACCCUCCUCUCCCCCGGGCAUUUGCCCUCGUUCUUACCCCAGGUUCUGGGUGCCCCAUCUUCCUGAUUUAUCCCUUGGAUCCUGGGUUUAUACCUACAGCCCUUAGGGGCUAAAUGUUGGGGCUGUGGUUGAACACCCUUCCCCUAGGUGGCUGUCAACAGAGGGUAAAAUUCUGGGCUCCUCCCUUUUGCCACUUACCCAGCUCCAAGUUUUUAAAAAAAAUAAUAUUAUUAAAAAUGUAAAUUUAAAAAACAGUCACUCAUGUUCCCCUAUUCCCCUGUUGAAAAUCUAGCUUCCUCCCUCCUGACAGACGGAGGGCCUAGGGCCCCGGGUGGGGGUGAGCAUUGGGCAGCGGAGUACACAUAGGGUUUUAUACAGUUUGAGCCGCGCUUCACACCAAGGAGUCUGCGCCCGCUGUCUCUCUUCUCUUUCCCUCUGGGUGAUGAGUUUGGAGCAGCAUGUCAUUGGUUGGGGGUGGGAUCUUUGGUGACCACAUCUUUUGACAACCCCCUGUUGUCUGUCUCCCCAGCCUCCAGGGCUCUGGCUUGGCCUCCUGGUCCUGGGAGUCCCUUUAGCCCCACCCCUCCACAGUGUGUAUUUUUACAGUCCUCUACUAGAGCAGCUGUUUAGGAUGGGUGGGGAGGCUCCCUCCCUUGGGAGCAGGGAGCACAGGGAAGGGAGCUGCUUUGUCUGUCUCUGUGUUUCUUGUCUCAGUGUCAGGACUAGGGUGAGAGGACCUUGUCCCCUCCACUCCAGAACUCCUCUCUCCCAGCCUUUCAAACUGCGUCCAGUCCUAACCUCUCUGACUGAGGGCAAGGAGCCACUUCGGCCAUCCAGCUUAAGCCCUUCAGGGAGAGAAAGGCCUCUAUCUCCCCCCACCCCCAGCUGAAGCAGACAGUCCUCUCCCCAUGUCUCCUCAGAUGGAGGAGCGGAGCCAGUUCGUAGUUGGAGCCUGUGAAGGCUCAGGGUGAGGAGAGGGCAAGAGCAGGGUUCUCGGCCUCAUGGCUCUGCUGCUUCUUCCUGUGGGCAGUCCCAGGGUGUGUGGGUGCCUCCUCUCCCCCACCCCGUUCUCCCUUUUGGAUUAUGGGGUCCCUUGGGCUCUGCAUCCUCUGUGCCAGCCAUUUUUGGGAAGAUGCUCUCAGGAGCCAAAGGAAAGGACGAGGUGAAGUUGGAUGUCCCAUCACCGCUGUAAUGAUUUU